AUGAGCUUCAUCCGCUACGACAACCUGCUGCAGCACAACCGCGCGCACACCGUUGAGAGGGCCUUCACCUGCUCCGACUGCGGCAUGAGCUUCAAGAGGAUGAAUGGCCUGAAGGCCCACCGGUGGCUGCACACGGGCUUCAAGUCUUCCACGGACCUGAAGAGGCACAGGCGCGUGCACACCGGGGAGCGGCCCUACACCUGCAGCGACUGCGGCAAGGGCUUCACCCGCUCCAGCAAGCUGCUGAAGCACCAGCAUACCCACAGUGUCGAUCGCCCCUGCACCUGCAGAGACUGCGGAGAGGGCUUCACAAAGCGCAAUCACCUGCUGAAGCACCAGCGCAUCCACACUGGCGAGCGCCCCUUCACCUGUGCCCAGUGUGGCAAGAGCUUCACCCGCUCCAGCAACCUGCUGAGGCACCAGCGCACCCACACCGGCGAGCGCCCCUUCACUUGCGCCCAGUGCGGCAAGAGCUUCAACCGAUCCAGUCACCUGCUGGAGCACCAGCGCACCCACACCGGCGAGCACCCCUUCACCUGCGCCCAGUGCGGCAAGGGCUUCUCCCGGUCCAGUAACCUGCUGGAGCACCAGCGCACCCACACUGGCGAG